UGCUUGCUACAAACAGCACUUGCCACCAGCAGGCCUGUUCGAGGCCACGCCGGGGACCUUUGUGUCUUUUGAGACCGAUUGCCCCACACCAGACAGGGCCGAUCUCAUCCUUGGCCUGGUCUCACCAGCAGUGUCAGAACCAAUAAGUGAGGGUCCCACUAGGUAGCUGACAUCAACUCAGAGCCGUGGGCGGCAACGGGCACUCGCAACGUCUUUCGAGACCGGCCGGGAUAACGACACCAACAACAACCACCACCACCACCACCAGCACCACCAUCACCACCAUGACGUCACGACGGCCGGCGAUGACGUCACGGCGGACGACUAUGACGACGACGGCGAUGAUGAUGAUGGCGGCCGCGGUGGCGAUGCUCGGACACGUCGCUCCCGCGUCGGCCUUUAAGUCGGGCUUCGUGGAGUCUGUGUGUACCUCGAUGGCCCCCCUUCACGACAGCGUGGCCCAGGGCGGCGGCGGGGGCGGCUACACGGUCGUCGCGAGCGGCACGACCUUCCAGGACGACAUCCCGAUAACCGUGACCCUGACUGGGACAGACGCUUUUGUUGGAUUCAUGCUGGAGGCGAGGAAUGUCACUGAAGGCAUCCUCGAAGGGCUCAGCAUUCAAGAUACCCGAGCUCAGAUCCGACGGUGUCCAACGACGGGUUCAACUGUCACUCACACGAGCAUGAUUGACAAGAUCACCAUCAGUGUCACGUGGACUCCUACAAUAAACUCCCCGGACAAUGUCUUCUUCAGGGCGACGUUCGUGCAAUCUCGCUCCGUCUACUGGGUGGGCCUGCCCAGCGGCAUGGUCACUCGCCUGGGCAAACCGUCUGCCACGGUGCCAUCUCUCGUGCCAGAACGUCAACUCCAGGUCGACAACAUCACGUAUUCGCCGGACAUCACUGGAUGCGGCUUCUCCAAGUCGUGCAUGCGCCUCCCGGCCCGCUGCGACCCGUCCUCAGGCUCAUGUUUCUUCGUGGCGAUGACUCCGGAGCCGGCCAGCGAGCAGGUGGCGGUGGAGAUAAGCGGGCCGGACUCCGGCUACCUGGCGCUCGGCUUCUCCGGCGACACCUGGAUGGGCGACGACGACAUUUACCAGUGCACCAUUCUGAACGGCCGCCCCAUCAUCGGGACGUCGUACAGCAGCGGGCGAGAUAUCCCAUCCUCGUACUCCAACCCCAUCCUGCUGGCGAGCAUGUCCAACGCGUCGGCACGGGUCGCCGACGGCAUGCUGCAGUGCUCCUUCACCCUGAGCCAGGUGGCCACCGAGCCCAGGAAGGCCGACCUCAAGAAGCAGUACUACCUCUUCUUGGCACACGGGGAGACAGACGAUGGAGAGAUAGAGAAACACGAUGUGCAACCAAUGGUCUCCAGGUAUCGCAUCGCUCCUCUCGGAUCUCCGGUGGAGGUGGCCGUCACGCGCUCCAACAACCUCGUCAAGGCGCACGGCGCCCUGAUGCUGGUGGCGUGGCUGAGCCUGUGCAGCGUGGGCGUGGUGCUCGCACGCUUCUUCAAGCCCGUGUGGCCCAACACGAAGCUGCUGGGCGAGAAGGUUUGGUUCCAGCUGCACCGCGGCCUCAUGGUGCUCGCCGUCCUCACCACCAUCACCGCCUUCGUCAUCCCCUUCUGUUACCGCCUGGGAUGGAGCGGGAGGGCCCACUCGGUGCUGGGCUGCAUCGUCAUGUUCCUGGCCUUGAUGCAACCCAUCAUGGCGGUCUUCAGGCCUCACCCCAACACCCCGAUGAGGCCGCUGUUUAAUUGGGCUCAUUGGUUCGUGGGGACAGCGGCUCGCAUCCUUGCCGCUGCCUGCCUCUUCCUGGGGGUGGACAUGGUGGCCCUGGACCUGCCCGACCGCUGGGACAAGCUGCUCCUCAUGGGGGCGCUGCUCUGGCAGCUCGCCGCUGAGGCGCUGCUCGAGAUCCUGGGCUGCUUCGGAGCCGACCAUAAGUCCGGGGAGAGCUUUGAGAUGAGCCAUGUGGUGCAGGGACUCCGGGAAGGGAAACUCCAGCACAACCACAACAGCAAGCUGCACAACGUGAAGUCGGCCGUUCUUGGCGUCUACGUCGCUGGCAACGUAGCCUUCCUCAUCGCCCUGCUGGUCGGCGUCGGCAACGUCUAGCGCCACCACCGCCACCUGGGCCUAGCACCACCACCACCACCAAUCGCCACCACCACCACUAACGCCACCAUCACCGCCACCAUCACCGCCA